AUGGGAUUUAACAGCUUUAUUGAGGAUCAUCACCCACAGAAGUACAUCAAAUGCUGUGAUUCCGAUUUCUUCUUGCAACUCAAUCUUGUCAUUGUGUUCAUUUUAGUUGCUGGUCUGAUGAAUGGCCUCACACUGGGUUACAUGUCCAUCAAUCGUGUUGAUCUUGAAGUUCUUCAGAAAUCUGGCUCAUCGAAAACCCGCUUCUACGCUUCAAGGAUUUUACCUCUGGUCAAGAAACGCCAUUUGUUGUUAUGUACGCUCAUAACUACCAAAGCAUUUGCAGUGGAGGCUCUUCCAAUUUUCCUCCAUCAUUUAGUUCCAGAAACGCCAACUAUUCUUAUUUCGGCAGCAUUAAUCCUUUUGUUCAGUGAGAUAAUACCACAUGCUGUUUGUUCAAAGUAUGGCUUGGUAAUUGGUGCCGCCUUAGCUCCUGCAAUCCAUUGUCUUGUAUGGAUUUGCUUUCCGGUUGCAUAUCCAACUAGCAAGCUGUUAGACCUUUUGCUUGGUAAAGGACGCAUUGCAUUAUAUCGUCGGGCUGAGUUAAAAACACUUUUUGACUUGCUUGGAAAUAAGGCUGGAAAAGGUGGUGAUUUGUCUCAUCAUGAGGUAUCGAUUAUCCAAGGUGCACUUGAACUCACUGAGAAAACAGCAAAAGAUGCAAUGACCCUUGCAUCUGAAAUAUUCGCAGUUGACAUCAAUGCCAAACUUGACAGGAACUUGAUUAACUUGAUUCUACAAAAGGGACACAGUCGGGUGCCAGUUUUCCAUGGGCAUGCAAAUGAUAUUAUUGGUCUCAUUCUGGUUAAGAACUUGCUCACUCUUAAUCCAGAAGAUGAGGUGCCCAUAAAGAACAUCACAAUUCGUUCAAUUCCUAGGAUUCCAGAAACAAUGCUGCUAGUUGAACUACUGAAUCAGUUUCAGAGAGGCCUAAGCCACAUGGCUGUGGUUGUCAGACCGCGAAAUGGCAAGGCAGAGAAGGCCUCCAUUAGGCCCCAGAAUAAUGAAGGAGAAGUGAGAUUGGAGAUUGAUGGUGAAAGGCUUGAGCAGAAAAGAAGCUUCAGAAGAUCACUGAGGAAUCUGAAGACUUCGCCUGGGAUUGACUAUGUUUCAAGACGAGAAAGUUCCAGAAGUAGGCGAUGGUCAGGAGAAUCACACCCUGAGAUCUUGAAUUUAAGUAACAAUCCUCUAGUGGUUGUCCCUCCUGAAGAGGAAGUAGUUGGUAUAAUCACCAUGGAAGAUGUUAUUGAGGAAUUACUAAAGGAGGAUAUUUAUGAUGAAAUGGAUCAUUAUGGCUCAUCACAAGCCAGUUCCCGUGGGUUCUCGCGAAGAAUUUUCAGCCGUAGAGAUGCAAGAUGUGGCAGUAAUAUCUUAAUCCAAUCAACUCCUUAG